AUGGGCAAGAUACUUUUGAUGGAGCUUCUGAGACCGGAGUCCUCAAAGGCAGAGGGGUGGCAAUGUGACCUCCUUGGGCCUGGAAGAUGUUGGCAGAAUGGCCUUCUGUGGUGGAGUUUCCAGCACAGUUCUUUCUGAUUCUUCCUCCAGUUCCACAGUGGGACCCUGAGGUCAUGACAGUGACUUUGCCCUGCAUUAUCCAAUAUAGCUCCUGUCUUUCAGGGCUUUUAAAACCAAAUAUUGAAGUGGAUCUUUGGAUCUACUGAAAGAAAAAUGGAGCUAACUUGGAUUUAUGUUCUAUAUUACCUCAGAGUAAUCAGAAUGAAAGAUGAGUGAAUGUUCAACCAUAAAACUUCUUCCCAACCAACAAAAUUUCAUGCUUUAAAGAAUGAUGCAACAUCUAUUCUGAGGUCCAUCCAAUAAUCAGAGCUCAACUGCGAAGAGAUCUUUGUUAAAGACUUCUGUCCCCAAAUACAGCACUGGGCUAAACCUUGCUUGCAUCCCUAUCACAAAGUUGUCUUUCUUAUUCCAUAGGGGCAGGCAUAAAUUUCUGGAGCUGCUAAGAUCAAAUCUAUAAAAGUUCUAGAAAAUCAUGAGUUUCAGCCAUGACCCCAAUCAAUGAUGUGAGCCAGAGCACUUUCUAGAGACUUAUUUUAUCUUGGACAUAUUUUUUUUUGCCAUUUCAUCUCUUCAUUAGCAACAAUGAAUAGGUGCUGAUUGAAGAAACAAUGUUAAGCAAGCUUUGCAAAGUUUUAUUUUGUUGCUUUGUUUACCAAAUACAAAAUAAACAUGCUAGACUAGAUCACUCUCCAGGGCAACAGAAAAAUUUCCAAUGCAAAUAACCCUAAUUUGCAUGGUUGUUCCCCCUCCCCCCAUAAAACACACAUCACUGAUCCCAGUGCUGCCACAGACUGCUUCUCUGUUUGGGGGUAGGAAAUGGCUGAGGGAGAGUCCACAAGUAGCAGGAAGUGUCCCUGCAGGAAUAAGGAUACCUGACUGAUAUACCGGUUGCCUAGGUAACUAUCUCUCAUUCCUGGCUCCUCACUCUAGCCAAUCAACUCUUUUUGAAGGCUGAGCCACAGCCUCAUCAAUGACCUGAGAGAAGCCGCAGUGACCCUUACAUGAGCAAGUUCUUAAAGCACAAGAAUGCUUGUGGGCACUGACUUGCAAAAAGUAGGAAGUUUAAGGGGAAAGACAUAGGGCCAAGCUCUGUAUUCUUUUCCCAGCUUCCAGAAUUCCCGCUGAUGCUUGCUUUCCAGUUAAAUUCCUAACACAACCCACUGAAUAUUCUUAUGGUUAUACAGUGGUACCUCUGGUUAAGUACUUAAUUCGUUCCGGAGGUCCAUACUUAACCUGAAACUGUUCUUAACCUGAAGCACCACUUUAGCUAAUGGGGCCUCCUGCUGCUGCCACACCGCCGGAGUACGAUUUCUGUUCUCAUCCUGAAGCCAAGUUCUUAACCUGAAGCACUAUUUCUGGGUUAGCGGAGUCUGUAACCUGAAGCGUAUGUAACCUGAAGCGUAUGUAACCUGAGGUACCACUGUACUCUAUUUUAAAAAGAACAUCACAGAGUUUCUAUAUUUUCCACUGCAAGUGUUCGAACACAAAUUGCACACAUUAUUCUUAUACCUUCCUUCUAGAGAUGAGAAAUAGUGGCCUGCCAGUGUCUUUAUAUGUCUUGUGAGUUUAUAGUGUAUAAACACCUUGUGUGUUUAUACUGGAGAUGAGAUUUGAACUAGGACACAGACAUUAAUCUGCACUAUCCCUUUGUUAAGAGGCAUGUGGUGGGACAACAUCUCAGGCCUGGGGCCUCAUUUCCUCCACGUUGUCCUUGGGACACGCUCCCUAAUCCGGGGUAGCCAACCUGGUGCCCUCCAGAUGUCAUUCAACUGCAACUCCCAUCACACCUGCCCAUUGGCUGUGUAGCUGAUGGGGGUUGCAGUUCAAUAGCAGCUGGUAUCCCUGUCCUAUCCUAUAUCCCUUCAAUGGGUCGCACUUCACACCACUGUAGGCCUACACCUUCCUUGAGUGCUUUUGCCUGGCUGGAGCGGGUCCUUGAACCCUGAUCUUGUGUCUUGACUGCAGGAAUGGAGAGGAGUGGGGUGCACACAUACAUGCACUUCCAACUGUUGCAUAAUGCAGCCUACUACACAAAGUCAAGUGACUGCCAUUAUCUGGCCCACUUUUGCCUCUGCUCCCCCUGAAAGGUUCCCACAAGGGAAUGAAGGCCUCAGGUUCCCCACCCCUGGCCUAUGCAAACAAAAGUGGCCAUUAGCAUUCAUCAGGUCUGGAAACUGGACAAACCCCGACCCAAGUGCCAACUGUUCGCAUUAUCCCCCUGGCUUUAAAAGGUGCUCUGAAGUAGGCGAGACAAAGAAUUGCUGAGGAAACAAAACCAACACAGUUAUGUCUUCUGUGCAGCAACUGCACGCAAAGUAGCAAAUCAUGUUUUCUGCCUCAUUAAUGGAUUGGCAUAUUACUAUAAUAAAUAUCGCUUAAAAUGUUAUGCUUCAGGACUACCAAUGGUGAUCUCCGCACAUCUCAAGAAUCAGGAUUUGAUUUCUUUUACAUAUGUGCAAUUUUCACCAAUUACUACAUACAGGAGUAGUAGCAUUUGAUUCUUGAACAAAAAUGUGGGGCGUGCUCCACUAGGGAGAAAUAACGGCAAAAGAAAAUAAUCUUAAGGGCGUUUAUUUUGUGCGCUAAAAUAAAAUGUGGAGGGUGAACUGCUGCAAAAGAAAUUAAGAUCAGCAUUGGCAGCCACAGCACCUGGGAGGCUAAGGGAGAGGUCUAACCUUUGUUCUUCCCCAUUGCUGCUGCCAAAUUCCUCUAGAGGAGAGAGACAGCCUCGGUCCAGUAUAUCUUAAGGAGCGUCUCCACCCCCAUCAUUCUACCCGGACACUGAGGUCCAGCGCCGAGGGCCUUCUGGCGGUUCCCUCACUGAGAGAAGCAAAGCUACAGGGAACCAGGCAGAGGGCCUUUUUGGUAGUGGCACCCACCCUGUGGAACACCCUCCCACCAGAUGUCAAAGAGAACAACAACUACCAGACUUUUAGAAGACAUCUGAAGGCAGCCCUGUUUAGGGAAGCUUUUAAUGUUUGAUGCAUUGCUGUAUUUUAAUAUUUUGUUGGAAGCCACCCAGAGUGGCUGGGGAAGCCCAGCCAGAUGGGCGGGGUAUAAAUAAUAAAUUAUUAGUAGUAGUAGUAGUAUUAGACAAGGGAACCAUCUAGCCAGGGGGAAAGACCCCACUAUAUAAGUAUAUAAAGCAUAUGUCAUUGAAGAUAAUAGCUUACUUCUAAAUUUAAUAUAUAGCCCUUAAAGUAAAUAUAAAAAAGGACUGCGUCAAGGUGACUUACAAAUAGCCAGUGCUAUUUUUCUAGAAAAAGAGGUGGAGGAACUCACCACGAACACCUCCCUUGUUCUCUUAUAAUGGCAAUGGUUCCCACCUGAGAGGUGCCGGAACUGAGAUCUGAUAGGUUCGGGCUGAAAGAAAGCCCUGCGAUAGCUGUGUUACAUCACAUCACAUCACAUCAGACCAUGUCCACCCAGCUCUUGAAAACUGAAGCAAGCUCUCCAGGGUCUCAGGCAGGCAUUUCCCAGCUCUACUGGUAGACACCAGGGAUUGAACCUGUGAGUUUAGGCAUGCAGGGCUAAUGCUCUCCCACUGAACUACAGGCCUUCGUCAAUACAUCUAACCCAAACAACACACUGAACAAAAACAAAGGCCCGUAUGAAAUAAAUUAAUAUCAACUUACACCAGUAGCAGCAAAAUCAUUUGGGACACCAAUGCUGGUUUAAACAAAUCAAGCUUAGGAGACUUACCCCCAAUGCUUCCAGAUGCUUGAUAAAUACAAAACAAGAGUGGCUUGCGUAAGAUUUCAAAAAUGGGAGACUCCUCUAACACCUCCUUAAGCAUAACACAUGAACUAGCAUGCCACACAUGACUAGGGCUGCAGACACAGGAGUACAGGUAAACUUAUGGAAGCAGCUCUAGAGUUCAGAGAGGCUGUCAUGUGGUCAGGAAUCCCAUGCCAGAGAGAGGGGCCUGAAUACCAAUAGCAUACCAAGCCAACAAGACCCUGUCAGUCACCGUGCACCCAAUCCUGGGAUGGAAAUUCUGACAGUGCUACCUGGCUUGUCAAAAUGCCAAGACAAUAGAUAUUUUGCCUCAGUCUAUACUGCAAUCCGCUCUGGCCACUCUUGUAGCUAUGCUCUCUAGAAUAUGAAAAAUUGCUUUUGCUCUCUACUUGAAAGAAAUCAUGUGUCAUUGCCCAUCUAGGCAUAAAUAUACAAGCUAAAUUUACACCAGAUCAGGAAACUAAAAGGACUUUCUUAACUGUUGUGAAACUAGGAGACAUAAGUAGAAAUGUGUUUCUUUGAGCCUUAAGAUGAAUGGCUCUAAAUCAUUAUUGUUCCAUUACUGGAUUUUCUCUGGAAAAAAACGGAAACCAGCACUUAAACGAUUGGAGUUCUUAAAAGCGACACUCCUUGACAGAGGAAGUUUAGAAAGCUUUUUGUGUGUGUACUAACAACAGCUUGCAAUCAAAUGACAUGCUAGCCUACUUUUUAAUGGUCUUAGUAAUUCUAGGUAAUCCUGAAUUCAGAGAGAGCUAAGAUUCCCACAGUUCCCUGCAAAGAGGGAUUGAUUGUUAAACCACUCUGGGAAUUGUAACUUUUUGAGGAGAAUAAGGGUCUCCUAACAACUCUCAGCACUCUUAACUACAUUCCUCAGGAUUCUGAGCCAUGACUGUUUAAACUGGUAUGAUACUGGUUUAAAUGCAUAGGGCAGAUGGGGCCUAAAUCUCACUUAUUAUGACCCAAAAUGGAAGAGAGAGGUGCAGAGAACUUCUGGCGCAGAGAACGAGGAGUUAAUAAAAUUACUACAGUGACUUAGCAAACAAUAGAUUUCGGGAAAGGGACACCAGAUAUCCCUAAACAGCCCAUUUUCCCACUGAAGGGCAAUUGUGACUAGAGAAGAUGCCGAAACAAUUAAAAGCCCCAAAUACACACAAGUGGACACACACACACACACACACACACACACACACUGCUUUCCCAGUGCCAACCACUCUUCAAAUAGGGCAUGGAGGCAACAUCUAUUUCCUGCUGUCACUUCCUAGUAAACCUUUCCACUUCUAAAUGAGCUCAUUUUAAAAGAUUCCCCCCCCCCCCCGUGCUUCAAAUUGUAUAAUCACAGACACUUCAAGUCAAAUUAAAUAUAUCUACCUAUGUCUAUUAUUAGUUUGAGCAUUAGCUCUGAUUGAAUAAAUACAUCUGUUGCUGAAGAAAUAUUCUGGUGUGAGGGAGGAGGGCAAUGUGUUUAAAAAUUAAUCCCUGUACUCCGGCUUUCCCUGAAAUAACAAUAAUGUACUGAUCACUUAUAAGAUCAUCGUUACAGGCAACUUGCUAAGGACAAACCAACAAUCUGAAAUACUGUACGUCAUGGGGAUCAACGUGUUACCAAAGAACUGCAAGAACUAAAAAGAGACUCUCAUGGGUUUGACUCUUUGACUUCAGAAAUACAGAGCCUCCCAAAGGGCUGAAUUACUACCAGGCACAAUAACAAAUUUACAGUCUUAAUAACAAGCAGCUGGCCACUCUCUUAUCUCUAACAUGGCUACGGAGGAUUAUAUAAUACAGGAAACUAGUGAAUGGACGUGCCUGUUUUGCUUCCCUCCCCUUCGCACAAGCCGUUAGCUGUGCAAUACUCUGUAAGCCAUUCUGGGCAGCCAUGAGGCUGCUUAGCAAAAACACCAGCAGCACAGAGACUGACAUCGUCUGAUGAAAAGCAAUGAAAUAUGAAAUCCUGCUCUUUACUAGCCUAUUCUUUUAUUUGUACCCAACAGGCAUUCUUACCUCGAGACUUCUAAUUGCAGUCAGAAGAUGAUCAUGCUGAGCAGAACCUCUGCAGUUCCAGCCUCUACUCCCAAUCGAAAAACAUCCUAGUAGACCCAUUUGGUGCAGCAGGUAAUUAGUAUUAGCGUUUUUCCUGCUGCUGCCUGAGCCGUUCCAUCUGAAAUCCAACUAAUAUGAGAACCUACUCCUAGACUCGGGGCUGUUUGAUAUGUGAUGAAUUUCCCUCACCAACAGAAUUUCUGAAAAUGAUAAUAAAGAGGCAAGUGGGGGAAAGAUGAUCAAAUCCAAUCUAUUGCUACAGCUCUAUUGGUUCUCAAAUCUAUCCAGCAUAUUUGUGGUUCGAACCAUUACCUUCUCAACUAAAAGGUUUCCAGACCCUUUAUCAUUUUGAUUGCCCUCCUCUGCACAUGUUCUACCUUGACAAUAUCCUUAAAUUAUGGCAACCAGAAGUAGACACAGUACUCCAAGUGUGGUCUGACUAAGGCAGAACAGAGCUAGGUACUACAACUUCCCUUGAUCAGGACACUAAACCUCUGUUGAUGCAGCCUAGAAUAGCAUUAACUUUUUUAGCUGCUGCAUCACACUGUUGACUCAUGUUAAGCUUGUGGUCUACUCAGACCCCAGAUCCUUUUCACAUGUACUAUUGGCAAGCCAGGUGUUCCCCAUCUAAUAUUUGUGCAGCUGGCUAUUCCUGCCUACGCGUAGAAUCUUAAUUUGUUCCUAUUGAAAUUCAUUCUGCUAGCUUGGGCCCGGUUCUCCAAUCUGUUUAAUUCAUAUUUAAUCCUAAUUCUGUCUUCUGCAGCAUUAGCUAACCAUCCCAGUUUGGUGUCACCUGCAGAUUUGAUGAGCAUCCUCUCAAUUCCAUCGUCCAAGUCGUUUAUAAAUAAAAGGUACAACAGGAUCAGGACAGAACCCUGUGGCACCUUCGGGUUCGGUCAUUCAACCAGCUAAAAAAAAAUAUAUCACCCUUACCUUGUUCACCCUACAGUUUCCUGCCGUAAGUACAUAUAUUUAUGGUUGCUAUGUUCAUUAUUUCCACAAACAUGUUGAACAAAACAUACUUCCUUCUAAAGUCAACAGAAAAACUCCCACAGAUUUUAAAGCAAACACAAAACUUUACAAAUGAUGGGAUGAACACAACAGUGUAAUCCAAACUAGUUUACCUGGGACUCUGCACACCCAGCUGAAAGUACAGUACUGCUAAUAUCUGCAGGUAUGCAUUUCAUACCAACUAUGAAGAUUUUGUGUGUUUGUAAGCAUUUGGUUUCUAUCAAAAUCCAAAGAUGACACCUGCAUUCAGCAACCACUGAUGCGUGUUUUGUACCUAAACCCCAAUCAAUAUAUAUUCAAACCUGUAACAUAAUCCUUUUAGAUAACUUUGUUACAACCUGCCAGUUUCUGUCAGGAAAACCAGCUGCAAAAAGCACACAAUGCUUGUGCUAUUUAAACUUAAAAUGGAUGUAUUUUGCAUUGUACUCCAAAGGAAGUGUCCUAACAGGCAAAAUUCAUUGAAUCCAUAAUAAGUGCUUUUACUUGCAAAAUGUACGAAUGAGUAGCUAGCUAUCCCAGUCUCAGGAUCUGCCCUUUUCAGAAAGAGCAUCGCUGUCAUUACCUGUUUGUUUGUAUGCUCCCCUUUUCUGAAAGACUAUGUCCAAAGAGGCUCACAAUAUAUUAAAUGAGAAGCAAUAAAGUUAAAUGGCACAAUCAGGACUGAAUUCCAGAAUCUGCUUCUAGUGUGCAAAGCUUAGAUUUGGAACAUCUGGAACUAAGCAGUAUAUUCAGUAUUUUCUUCCUCUCCUUCACCAUCUAGCAAUCGUAUAAUCAUGUCCCGGCCACACAUGCCUGUAUCUAUGAUGCUGAGUUUCCAGUCAGAAGGCGUUAACUUUAAGGUUGCCACUUUCCUCUCAAACUUGUACACCUCACACCCAGUUCCUCCCUUCCUCCUCCUCCUGUCUGUCUCUCUCUCUCUCUCUCUCUCUCUCUCUCUCUCUCUCUCUCUCCCCCUGCCCCAUCCAGUGGCUCUGCCUUAAAAAAAAAACAGGUUGGUGUUAAGAAAUUCUACAGGUGAGCUUUCCCAAUAAGCACAUUCCAAUGCUAGCGAAUGCGGCACCUCUAGAAUUUCUGCAUAGCUGUUAAAAAACACAGAUUCAAGAAAGGGAGAUGCAACCCUUAGUUUGGUUUGGGUGGGUGGUUUGGACAAGGGGGUUAGGGUGGGUGAGCAAAGCAACCAGGAUAGCAGCCCCUAACAUAUACAUCAUAGUCAGAAAAAAGUAGGCACCUGUAUUUGAGUGGAAAUUCCUUUUUUUAAAAAAAAUGAAGCUGUGGUUAGAAAAGUAGUAAAGAGGCAAUGCAGCCUCACGAAGGAAGCCUCUGAUCUGCAUCAUCCAUGGCAAAGGAUGCCGCUCCCCAGAAGUGACAUAUACUCAAGGGUUGACACUGAAAAAUACGUUGGUGCACUGGAACAAGCAGAGCUUGUGAACAAUGAACACCCUAGUCAGAGCCAGUGAGAACAUUUUCUUACAGGCUUUGUCUGUGCAACUAAAUGCUCACACCAACGGCCUACAUAAGUAAGCAGCAUAAUGCCAGAAGUGUUGCUCAUGGAAGGUCACAGCAUCUGCUUCUGUUCAAAGAGAUACCCCCCUUGAGUGUAAACUGCUCGUGUGAAACUGCCUUAUUCCAAGGUCAGGUCAACUCUACCUUGGCUGGGCUCAGAACAACUGUAAAAAGAACCAGGUAGGGUCAAAGCAGCUGUGAGCUCCUGUCUGGGAGUCUGUGCAAUCUUGGGAAGCCAUAGUUUGGGUUCACCACGUUGUGUGAAUCAGAUUUAUGCUCAAGCUAAAACUGGAUAAGGAAUUCUCACUUUCCAUAUUCUAAAUUUCUAUUACCAAACAUCACUCUCAAGACAGAAUGCUUUUUCCCUGGUUGCUUGCCCUUUUUUAAACAAGAGGCAAUAAUAUAUAAUAAUACAUAUAUUUGCACUGCAGUAAACUGGAGAGAUCCCAGGGGCCUAGUUGCCAUGGUCCCCUCAUAUCUGGCACAUAAAUAUUUUUUUUCCAGCAUGGCACAGAUGGCACUUUUAAAUGUGAGGCUGACACCUAAAUAUAUGUAGUAUUUUUACCACUCCUGUGUUACAAAAUCCCAGUCAUAUUUCCCUUGCAAGAAAUGCUACCUUGGGGGGAAAGGGAGGAUUCAUUCUCUUGAAAAUAAUCCCUUCAAAGAGUGAUACUAUAUAUGAAUUUCUGUGUGUUUACAAACAACUCAGGAGAAGCACAUUAAUGAACUACUAGACACCUUAGAACAGGCGUCCUCAACCUCGGCCCUCCAGAUGUUUUUGACCUUCAACUCCCAUGAUCCCUAGCUAGCAGGACCAGUAGUCAGGGAUGAUGGGAAUUGUAGUCUCAAAACAUCUGGAGGGCCGAGGUUGAGGAAGCCUGCCUUAGAACAUAUAUAAGUAAUACGCAGGUACACUUGAGCAAAUUUGCUGCAGUACUGCCUCCAAGUGCUAGGGCUGGGCCAUAUCUGGUUUCCAACAUCACAAUAUAUUGAUACAUCACAAUGUAUGAAUUAAGGAUGGAACUACGUAGAGGUGAACGGGUGCAUGAACCGGGCAGACCUGGUCACUAUUUACCUGGAAGACAGAGCCCUCUGUCAGUGGUUCAUUGACUUUUUUAGAACAAGUCCAACUCUCUCAAAAAAUAAAAAUGCAGUUAGAAACCAUACAGUAUACAGUGGUACCGCUGGUUGCGAACGGGAUCCGUUCCGGAGGCCCGUUCGCAACAUGAAAAGAACACAACCCGCAGCGGCGCGUCUGCACACACAGGGAUUGCGAUUCACCGCUUCUGCGCAUGCGCGUGAUGUCAUUUUGCGCUUCUGCACAUGCGUGAGCGGCGAAACCCAGAAGUAACCCUUUCCAGUACUUCCGGGUCACCACGGGACGUAACCUGAAAGAACGUAACAUGAAGCAGACAUAACAUGAGGUAUGACUGUAUAGCACAGUGCAUUACAAUUGCUACAAUAUGCGGGGGGUGGGGGCUUAAAUGGUCUACCAAGACCCUCAGCCAUUUUCAAGAUUCCUGGGUAGGGAGAAAGGUUUUGGAACUGCUGUGCUAAGUCAUUGCUUUUCCACAAUAACCCAGAAACAGAUUUAAAUUGGUGGCUCCACACAGUAUUUAAUAUAGCCUUAUUUUCCUCAUAAAUAUCCAUCAAUGUCCACCUCACAUUGGCAAGACCCAAUUCUAACUUCUGUUCUAAAGGCCCCGCUUCUUCCUUCUCUUAGACAGCAGCUUCCUCUGUGCUCCUUUAAAGUUGCUAAUUAGAUUCUUCCUGUUCACUCACCACAAAUCCUUGAACUGACCCUGUUCCCUAGGGCGAUGGCAGCAAUGGGGUGGGGUGGGGGCUCUAAUUACUAGUUCCCUCUCUGCAGCCAGAACAAUCGCUCAUUAAUUUUUAUUUUUUAUGCAAUUGCAAAAUUGGUUUUGCUGCGAUGUUUGAACUGGGCCAUUGUAAGCCUACACAAAAGUGAAAGACGAGCUUAGGAGCCAAUUAAUUCAAAGUCAAUGACAUGCUAUUGUCGUACCUUAAACAAUUACAAUCCUAUAUACUGUUGAACAAUGCUGUAGCUGUUUGAGGCCCUCAAUUCUGUCCAUUCAAUGCUAUAUUGAAAUGCUUUUCUGUUAAACUAGGCUAUCCUGCAUUCACCAGAUAAAACGUUAUUGCAAAGCUGUGAUAGACGUACCAACUGUCCAUUUUAGCCUUAUUUGGGCGUUCUUACGCAUCGUGUUGACGAACACAUGAGUAGGGAUAUGCCUUCACACACAGAGCGAAACCAUCUGUAGUAACAGAGGCUUCAGUAAAGACUCUGUGCAGGGUCUCUCUCAUUACAGACUGCCGUGUUCCUUCCAUGAAGGUUGGGCAGGGGGCAUCUACUCUGCACAUCCCUGCUCCUGCAUUAAGCAAAAUGCCCAAAUUGGGGGGGGGGGGUGUAGCAGAUCAUACCAAUCAUGAUGUUGGAGGUAGUACACCCCUGUAUUCCAGUUACUCAGGGCCACAAGUGGGGAUAAGUACUGUUGCUCUUAUAUCCUGCUUUGGCUACUGCAGAGGCAUUUGGUUGGUCACUGUGAGAACAGGAUGGUAGACCAGGUGGGCAACUGGCCAGAUCCACUAAGGUUCUUCUUCUUACGUUCUACUGCUCGAACUAGGGUCUAUCAACCUUUGUCUACACCAGGGGUGGAGAACCUGUUGCCUUCCAAAUAUUGUUGGGACUACAGUUCUCAUCUCAUCAUCCCUGACCACCACUGGCCAUACUUGCUGGGGUCAUUGGGAGUUGUAGGGCCACACCAAGACUUUUGACAACACUGUGUAAUAUUAUAGAGAAUAAUCAAAGAAUGAUAGGGAUCAUUGUUCUGUGAGGAGUCUCCUAACAACUCUCAGCACCCUCAACUAAAUUCCAGUUCCCUGGAUUCUUUGGGAGAAACAACUAGUGUUUAAAAUGGCACCAGAACUGGAUGUGUCCAUUACGUUGUGUGUUUUCACUUGCCCUACAGCAUUUGACAGAUGAAAACAGUGACAUUCAUGGGGAGAAGUAAGGGAUGGGUCCCACAAUUCCAGAGGAUAACAUGUCACAAGACGAAAACGGGACUGAAUGAAAUACUUUCUGCAAAGAUUGCUAAACCAAGCAAGUCACUAAGACAGAUCAGAUGGCUCAGUUGAGCAAGUCAAGUCCUCUACCACACUGAAAGAAAAAAACUCCAACACUUUCCUAAUCUUCCUCACCUCAACCACCUAUGCCCCAACUGUGGAACAAAAUUUGUACACCAUGUUUUCUCAGAAAGCAAUUUCCUAAUCUAUUAUCGCAAUUCCAUAAGCAGUACCCAGGUGUUUUGUUUUCUGUUUGCCUUCAAGGACAGGCACUCGGUACAUGUUUAGAAGUCUUUUGAUCCUUAUUAUUUAUUUCUCCCCAGUCUUCACCUUGCUAUUAAUCCUGCAGAGUCUUUCCUCGCCAUGCAAUCCCCCCUGCUACGAUUAGAAAAGGCAAAGGAGACUCUCAGAAAAGGAGUGGAGUCGCAUGGGAAAACGUGCCAGAUUGAUUAUCAAUAG